AUGCCCUUCUCCCCUUCUCGCCUUUCCAGGUCUAGCUCUGCGAGGAUCAUCCAGGAGAGGAAGGCAGCCGCCAUCCGGAAGAGCUUCCAGCGGCCAAAAUUUUGGGUCAUGGGUUUCGGUUGGUGCUUGGCCGCAUGUGCGGGGGCGGCCAAUGUCAUUGCUUACAAGUCCUGGAGUCUGUAUGCCUCGCACGUCACCGGAAGCACCUCGAACAUUGCCUUCCGACUGGAGGGCUACCAGCAGGGUGAGUAUGGUUCCGAGACCCUGAAGGAAGCGUGCUCGCUGGUCUUCUCUUUCCUGGUUGGAGCAUACACCUGCGGAAUUCUCAUCGACAAGAACCAAGUGCACUUUCUGGGGAAAGCUUUCUACGGCUUGGCCCUGGUUCUGAACUCGGCCCUGUUGGUGUCGGCGGCCUUCGUGCAAGGUCGCUUGCUCCCUGCUUGCCUCGUGGUCACUGGCACCAUGACCGACAUCGGAUCGACCAUGGGGCGCAUCAGCAUGAUCUACCUGAGGAGAGCCUGCCGCUGCAGCCAGUUGACCGACAUCGAGCGUGCAGAGAUCGGGGUCGAUGCACGGAAGCUGGCAGUGCUGUCUGGGCUGUGGACCUUCUACCUUUUCGGUGGGCUCAUUGGGAUCUACUCCGAAAACUUCGUGCAGGGCCCCAGGGCACUUCUGAUCCCGGCCUUCGUCACAGGCAGCAUGGGCUUGACCUACAUGGCCUGCCGCCAGCUCUUGAAGGACUACAUCAAAAAGCUGGAGCAGGC